UUGGAUAGCUUCCACAGCAUUAACAGGGGGAUUUAUAAAUGUGCUGUCUGUUAAAAAACACCAGAAACACCAACUCUUUGUUCAAAGUUAGGCCACUCAUUAAAGAGGUUAAUAAGGCUUUACAAGUUUACACGAGUUGAACAGAUACACAUUUCCAGUAGGUUAGCAGAACUUUCAGUAGAACACUGUUAGCACAACGUGGAUUAAAUGAACAGUUACUUUUAAAAGUAGGCUUUUGAGCCAAUUAUGGAUCAGGGUCAACUAAUAUGCUGGGCACUUUUGUUUAUAUAAAUAAGGCAUUUAAUGUGUGGGGUUUUUUUGUUUUGGUUUUUUUUUAAGAGCAAUUUAUUCGAUUCGCACGACUGCUGACUGAAACGUCAAACUUCAUGUACAGAUUAGUCAGUCCUUGUUUGAUUCAAAAGAGGCGGUGGGCAGUUAAAGACGUUUACCACGAGCACAUUACCACACAAUAGCAACCGAGAAGUCGAGAACUAUUGGCUCAUGAAGUAAAGUUAGCUAAACAUGCUGCAAAACUGGAGUUCUUUAUGUUGUUGAAGUUGUCGUUUUCGACGCCUAAAUAAUCGGGAGGAUUUGAAUUUUCACUUUAAACAGUGCUAAGAGCAGGAAAUCUAACACUUUACCGCAAAUGCCUCUUCCUGUUACUCAUCAUUAUGGCGAGGUGUGUGUGACUUUCAUCAAAGCUCUAAAGAUAAACUCAGCAACAUGAGUAAUGACAUUCUUUAAAACCACUGGUCCUCUGAUGUCCCUUACUGUGGAUCCUAUAUUUCCCCCAUCGUGUCUCCUAUUCACAUCCUAUCCUGAGGAUGCAGAGUUGAGUGGAUAGGAGAAGUCAGAGCCAUGUCUGAAUUCCCAAUGGACGGGUCAUGACAGUUUGACUUCUCAGAGAACAACGAGUGCCUGGCAUGGGCGCAGGCGAGGAAGAACUUGGAGAGAACUGGAUCAGGAUUGGCACCUGUUGCAAUGCUGGAGAAGAUACAGGAGCUCUUCCAGAUCUGUGAUAGUGAUGACAAAGGCUACAUAACACGCACUGACAUGAAGAAGCUACAUGGAGAGAUGCCACUGACUGCAGAAGAAUUGGAGAAUGUUUUCAACUCACUCGACUCAGACAAAAAUGGCUGUCUUACUCUGGAAGAGUUCUCAUUGGGAUUUAGUGACUUUCUGUAUGGCCGUAAAUUGAGUCAAGCACAGGAUCAGAUGGCAGAUCUCUCACAGAAUGUCCCAGAAGUGCUAUAUCAAGAUGAGCCCCAAGCAGGAAUUGAGGAUGAGGAGGAGAAACACUUUAGCCUGCUAAUGGAACGCCUUGAUGCUUGUAGUGUCUUUAAGGAUUACAGUGAAGUGCGCAGUCUGUGGGCUCAGCUCCAAAAAGAUGAGCCUCACCUCCUGUCCAAUUUUGAAGAGUUCCUGGCCCAAGUCACAUCCCAAAUUAGACAAGAGAGGAAAGAGAUGGAAGAUGCACUCAGAAUAAAAGCUGCAACACAUGAUGGUGAAAUCCGGCAGCUAUACGAGGAAAUGGAGCAACAGAUAAACACUGAGAAAGAUCAACUGCUUCUUAAGGGCUCAGAGCGCAUACAGCAGUGGAGCCAGGAUCUGGAGCAGCAGCUGAGCUGCAAAGAGCAGGAGCUCGAGCAGCUUGGCCUCAGGCACAGGAGGUUGGAGAAACAGUGUCAGGAGCUGCAUAGUGAGCACCAGGAGAGUCGGGUGGAGAAUAAUAAAUUAAAAAUGACCAAUGAGGAGCUGUCUCAUGAGCUGGAGAACACAUGUCAUGAGCUCUCAUUGGCUCAAGAACAGUUGGCCAUCCUAGAGGAGCAGGCUGUGAGACUUCAGCAAGAGAGAGAGAUGGAAAUUUAUAGAAUCACAGAAGGACUGCAGAGAGAGAAACAAAGUCUAAUUAAACAGUUAGACCUACUCAGAGAAAUUAACAAACAUUUAAGAGACGAGCGAGACAUCAGCUCUAUGAAGAAGAGCAACUUAUUCAAAAAAAUCACCCAUUCACAGAGACCAGCAGUAAUUACCCCAAUAAAGAAUUCUGGGAAGAACCAAGAUACUGCAAGAGAGAUGAGCACAGAGGAAGUGACUCAGCCCUCUAGCAGGAAGCCUUCCUCUCUGUUGAAUGUAAGAACGUCACACUUGGGUGCCAGGGCUGAAGGGAAGACGAGAAUUGCCGACUGCACUUCAAAUGCAGGUUGGGCUCCAGCAACCAUGAGUCCGGGCGUGGAUGUGACAGUAGCUCCUCCAGAGGGAUGGCCUUUGCGCCGGGUCAUCUCCAUUGAGGAGGAUCACCUCCCAAACCUGCUGCAGGAAGACCCCCAUCUUCUGCUCCACCAGCUUGCAGAGGAAGAGGAGAAAGGAGGACAGGAGGAAGCCCAGACUGACCUGGAAAUGUAUUCCUCUGACAUGUUCCUGGCCUGUGCCGAUUCAGCUCCUCUUGCCCGAGGAAAAAUGCACUUCUCUGAACAGAAAGGAGGAGAAGGAACUGUCCCCAAUUUGGCCAGGGGCCAACCAGUAGGCAAGGAAUCUUUGCAGAAGGGUCCAGUGGAGGACGCUGUGGGCCUCCGUGAGUGCAUCUUUAAGGUCAUUUUUGUUGGAAACUCGAGUGUAGGGAAAACAGCUUUGCUGCGCCGCUUCUGUGAUGGACGAUUCCAUCCAACCAUGGUCACUGUUGGCAUUGACUACUGCAUGCAUAGCCUGAAUCUGGGAGAUAGUCUUGUGAGACUUCAGCUGUGGGACACUGCAGGACAGGAGAGGUAUCGAAGUAUUACACAACAGUUUUUUCGCAAGGCUGAUGGAGUGGUAGUGAUCUAUGAUGUCACUACACAUGACAGCUUUAGUUCAGUGCACUGCUGGCUAGACAGCAUAGAGGAAGAAGUGAGGGGGCCCAUUCCCAUCAUGCUUCUCGGCAACAAAUCAGACAAGGAGAUUAUGAGAGAAGUGCCAACUAAAGUGGGGGAGCAGCUUGCUCAGGAAACAGGUUUGAUGUUCUACGAGUGCAGUGCUUACACAGGUCACAAUGUGAUGGAGGCCAUGCUACACCUAGCCAGGGUGAUGAGGGAGCAGGAAGACAGAGUGUGGGAGAGCACAGUGUUACUGGUGGACAAGCCAAUGAAGAGGAAAGCCUGCUGCAAUUGACCUCUCCCCCUUACACA